AUUGAGAAGUUACCAACUUCGGAUUACGUUUCUACUAGCUUCCAAAAUGGCAUCGUUGCUGCUACCACUUCUCUAAUCUCAGCCACCAGUGCCCCUCAGGCUGCCUCUAGCCUUGCUGGGCCUAAAAACGAAUCAAAUUUCCUCGAUGCAAGACCGGAUCUGGCGUUACCCCUACAACUUCCUCCUCCAGCUGUAUUGAGCCUUAUUAGGGAGGAGAAGAUGGGAUAG